AUGCUUAGCAGGCUAUCAACCGUUGUGAAGGCCAUUCGAAAGCCUAAAGCCAGAUUAGAGCUGGUGAAGGCUGACGACCUUCCGAUCGAAAUCAUUCAAGAGAUUCUGGAGAAGUUCGACGACGGCGUUAGGAACAGCGCAUUACGUGCAUGUUGUCUCGUCUCUCAACAAUGGAAGGCUCUUGCACAACCUCUUCUUUACCAAACCAUCACCCUGCGCAGUCCAUCCAAAUUCCGAGGGCUCCUGGAAGCCCUGCAGAGUUCGCCACACCUAGCAGCUGGCGUCACCCGCGUCGUCCUCCUGGGGACGACGUAUCCUUUGUGGAACUUCUGGGUGUACGACGAGUAUUAUGCAGAUUUAGGAGCUCAGAUUCUGCGGCUCCUCAGCCCUAAAGCUUUGGAACUCCGAGUCCAAGUCACAUCACAAGAGCUCGUUCACUGGGAUAGAUAUGACAGGCUGAAGCCGCCGAUCCGGGAGGCAAUCACCGCCCUCCUAGCUUCACCCCAUCUCCUGGACCUCACCAUCGACGGAUGGAAAUUUGCAAUUCCCGUCUAUGAAUAUUACAGCCUCAUUUUGGCUUCGCCGUCACUCAAGCGACUGGUGUUGAGAAGAGCCUUCUGCGAAGUUUCCAUGCGGCCGACGGAUCAUGUUGCGCACUCGGACAGCGCUCCUUCAACCACUGUCGAUCUCGAGUACUUGGAACUGGACAUUGAUGGUGAAGCGGGGAAUGCGGACAUGUCCUUCCCACCACUCCCAGUAACCUCCUCGAAGGGCCUACGAUUCCAUCUGACGCUCAAAGAUUUUCACGAUGCCGUUCGUCCGGUUGAACAUCGUUUGAGGACCGCCCUGGCGCCAGCGGUUAGCCACUUGGAAUUGGACGUCAAGGACUUACCGGCGUUCCUGUUUGCAGAUCGCAGCUACCACCAAAUAUGGGACUUGGAAUUCUUCGCGAACCUCCAGAGUUUGGCCCUGCGCAGAACUUCAAACCCCCAUCUCGCCCGCCUCAGCUGGGUGGUCGACACCUUGAACACUCUCAAACACAAGACGAGUUUGCAGAGGCUUUGUUUGUCGUUUGUCAUGACGCAUGUGGAGGGACGAACGGAAGUGGACAUCGCUGGUGAAGAGGUUGGUGGGUGGAGAGUAUCCUGCGUUGAAGACUUUGGAUUUGCGGCUUGUCAUUUCUAG